UUUGAAAAUAUUACGAAACUUGAAGGACAUCACGGAGAAGUAUGGGCAUUAGCAAUAAGUAAACGAGGAGAUUUACUUAUUUCUGGUUCACAUGAUAGAUCAAUUAGAGUGUGGGAACAAACUGAUGAACAGAAAGAGUUAGAAGAACUAUAUGAUUCGACCCUGACAACGUCAAUGGAAAAAGCGACACUUGAAGAUAACCGGGGACAGGAUCCUGGGCCACCACCAAAGCCUAAUCCUAUACUUGUUACACUUGGAAAUCUGACUGGAGACCAAUAUGUUCUCAGAAUUAUUGAAAAAAUUAGGUCUUCAGAAUUAGAAGAAGCAUUAUUGAUUUUGCUAUUUGCUAAAGUUAUUUCUUUAUUCCAUAUUUGGACUUGUAGGCUAAAAAG